AGAAAAAGUACACCUCGCAGCCUCAUCACUUCAACAUCUUCACACACACUCAAGACCUCACAAUGGGGUGGCUUUGGUCUUCGACGCCCGAAUCGACAUCAUCUCCUUCAUCACAAGAUCCCAAACCUCUCCCACCACCCCAAUCACUCCCAGAGACUCUCACGACGUCCACCGCUUCGAAACCUCUCUCCCGCGACGAAGUUGCAGAUCAAGAACUUCAAUCCUUCCUCCAAGAAAUUGCUACCGACACCGCACCCAAGAAACAGAAAUACAACCGCAUCUCCCGCGCCGCCACCAAUAAUGGCAUUCCCACCACCAAUUCAGACUCCAACGAACCCCUAGGCGACCAAUUACUCCCCACAGAUAUGUCCUGCAGACAGGCCUUCGAUGAAGCUUUCUACUGCAAUUCAUUUGGUGGGCGAUUUAAUGAUCUAUAUCGUUACGGCACAUUGCGGUCAUGUUCUGAGCACUGGAAUAAUUUCUGGUUCUGUAUGAAAACACGAUCAUACACUGGGCAGGGGAAAGAAGAUGCCGUAAGGGAGCAUUAUAGGAGUCGGGAAAGUAUGAAAUAUAGUAAGGAUUUAGGGAAGGAGAGCAGUGAGAAUGUGUGGAAAAGUAGGGAUAAGAAGGUUGCAUGGGGGACAGCGUUCAAUGAACCAUUCCCUCCGCAAUAUGAGGGCAGUGAUGAGGAAUGGAGACGAUUAGAAAUACACAUGUGCACUUUUGGACGGCGUUGA